GCGGCACCGGCCUCGCACGGCGGCGCCGCGGGAGCCGCCGCAGCCCCGCCAUGGCCAAGGAGGGAGCGCAGCGAGCCGAGGAGACGGAGCAGAUGAUCGACAAGGAGGGCGGCAGGGAGGCGGCCGAGGGCGGCGCGGGCGGCAGCCUGCGCGCCGGGGACGCCAAGGAGAUGCGAGCCGUGGUGCUCUCCGCCUUCGGGGGGCUCAACAAGCUCCGCGUGUCCAAGAAAGCCAUGCCGGAGCCGCAGGAGGGCGAGCUGAAGAUCCGCGUCAAAGCCUGCUGAUUCCCUCUAAGUUCCAGAUUCUCAACAUGAAGAAGGAGGAUACUCCCCACGGCACUGUGGGGAGUAUUCUGCCCAGAAUUAGCCCAUUUCUAGACAUGAGCGAGACUCGCCCAAAGCUGCCACCAGUUGCCCUGAAACAGAGCUUGUUUCGGGUUUCCCCACCAGAGAUGGUAUUUCAGAACUUCGUCGCCCAUGAGGUCUCUGAAAUGGCACUGUCCUUCAUGAAUAAGGACAAGAUUUCUGGGAUGGUGAAGGUCUGCAUGGAGAGCUCACCUUAUUUCGAGCUGGCGUGCCCCAGUGAUGUGUACCACAUCGUGCCACCGGGCGCGUCUGCCCGUGUGCGCAUCCGCUUUACCCCUGAUGAGAUCAAGGAUUAUUCCCACGAGCUCGUCUGCAUGACUGCAAAGGAAAGGAUAGUUGUGCCAAUUCGGGCCAUUGGUGCCAAAGCUAUCCUGGAAUUCCCUGACCACCUGGACUUCCUGAAGUGUCCAGUCAAGUACAGCACCCAGAAGACUCUGCUGGUUCGCAACACUGGUAACCUGGAAGCUCAUUACCAGCUGAGCACCCAGAGUCCUUUCUUCGUGGUUCCAGCCACGGGAACUCUGGGCGCUGGUGACAGCAUGCAGGUGACAGUGGGAUUUCACCCGCUGACGAAUGGUGACCAUUUCGGGUCCCUGGUAGCGUGCUGCAACACAGGUGAAGAAAGGAUCCACACAAAGCUCCAUGGAGAAGCUGUAGAUCUCAACCUUGGGUUGAGCACAAGUUCCGUGGAGGUUGAGAAGACUUUCAUCACCAUGUCAAACCACACAACCGUGUUCAUCGAAAACAGGAGUAACAUCACAGCCCACUUCCAGUGGAAGACUUUUCUUGAUGAGGAAGACGAGAAUGAAGUGAAGAGGAGGCAGUGUAAUUCGCUGCGCGUGCCAAGUGAGGUGUGGGUGGAAACUUCCAUGGAGGAGGAAAAAAUACGGAAGGUGAAGGGCUUUUGUAAAGAUCGCAUUGGCAUCCUGAAGAGCGUGGUCGAGGAGGAGGUGGCAAAGGUGCAACAAGACCCCAUGCUGUUCUCCGAUGAAGUUUUUUUCAUUGAGCCAUUGGAGGGAGAAAUUGGGCCGCAUUGUUCGGCCGAAAUCAAGGUGACCUUCAAACCCCUAGAGGCACUGAAGUACCAAAGUAUGGCUUACUGCAAUAUCUCAGGCCGUGAGAGCAGGAUGACCCUUCGCCUCAAAGGGGAAGGCCAAGGACCUUUGCUUGAAUUCAGCUGUCCUUCACUGAAUCUUGGGAAAAUUCUUGUUGACACCCUCCACGUCUAUGAGGUGAAGCUGAUUAACCAAGGAGCUAUUGAUGCUCCCUUCACCUAUAUCCCUUCAACCAGGAAGGGAUUCUGCUUCAAGUUUGCACCUGAGGAGGGCAUCAUUGCACCAGGUGGGAUCCAGACUAUUCAGAUCUCCUUCAAUGCCACCGUGUUGGGGAUGUUUGAGGAAGAAUUCCAGUUCAGUGUGGCUGGAUCUCCUACGCCUGCCAUCCUGACCAUCAGGGGGUGUGUCGCUGGACCGACUUUACACUUCAAUGUCGAUGAGCUCAGCUUCGGGGACAUCUCCUUUGGCUUUCCCUACACCAAGAGCUUUCGCCUGACUAACACCUGCCCGGUGCCCGUGACGUUCAAGCUCCGCAUGUUGGACGAUGACACGCAGCCUGCUGUGAAUAGCUGUGAUCAAAUACACAGCGACAGUGACCCAUCCGGGACGGAGGGAAUUCAUUUUUUCCCGGAGCCAAGAGAGUUUACAAUGAAUCCCAUGCAAGGGACCAUCCUCCCCCAGGGACACCGGGAUAUCAAGGUGACCAUGUGUUCCAAAACCGUGAUGGAAUUCUGCCGGAAAAUGCUGGUGGACCUGGAGGGUAUUGGCGAGGGAGUGGCAUCCCUGACCAUCACAGCCAGCUGGACAUGA